AUGACUCCCCCCCCAACACGCUCGACGCCUAAAAGUGCCUCACCGGAGGAUGAUCUUGGUUUCCUCAAUUCAACGGGAAAUCAAGUCGCCUCCUCUGUCAUACUAGACCCCUCUCAUCCCUCCUAUGUAACAUAUGGCCCGAGUAGCAUGUCAUUCUCUGUCAAACAUACCCUCCUAUCCCUCUACUUCGCCCACAUUCAACCAAUCUUCCCCAUGUUUCGGAGACCUGUCUUCUAUGAUGAUCUCCUGAAUGGUCGCAUACCAGAAGCUCUUCUUGUCACCAUGUUCGCUGUCGCGUGUCGUUUUCUUCCCGAUGACAAGUGCAACCGCCUCUUCGGUCCAACACCUGCCCCGUGGGAACACUUCUCCGAGCUGGCCCAUCAAAAAUCCCGUGAAGACAUGGACAGGGAACAAAAUCUCCCAGUGACUCUGAAUUCCGUGCGAACUGCAUGUCUCUUGGCGCUAUAUGAAUACACCUCGACUCCAAGCCGACAAGCCUGGAUCCUAGUGGGCAACGCUAUGCGCUUAGCGAUAAUGGCCCAACUACAUCAAGUAGACUGUGCUUAUUUUCUUGAAGGCUUAUCUCCAGCAGACAGAGAAGAGCGUCGGUUUGUCUGGUGGACCAUCUGGCGGCUCGACUGCACCAUUAAUGUCACUACCGUAACGCCAUUUGGGAUCGACUCCCAGAUGAUCGGAACAGCAUUGGUCUCUACCACGAUCGCAGAUUUCACUGCUGGCCUGAUCAAGGCCACCAACAAUAAAGUCUCCGAGAUGGAUCCCAUCAGGUCUUGGUUGUCUGUUCAGGGCCCGCAGAUCUACGAAACCGGUGAUGGGUUUAAUACCUACCUGUUCGCCGUUUCGUUGCUACGGGCUGUGUCUGAAUGUCAUCAGCGGCUCAAUACGAAGCCGAACCCAGAAGAUCUCAAACGUAUCGCCAGUUUGCAUGAGAUCUUCACUGCGCUGGAGCUCAUUUUCCCGUGUUCAUUCUUCGCGCCAGCCAAGUCUCCGAUCGAGGAAUUUCACACGCAUCGACUACGCCUGGAGACGAUUAUUAUGUUGAAUACAGCCCGCCUUAUUAUGAAUGAGCCUUUCGGUCAAUGGACCCCAGAGCUUCCUGAAACCUCGAGCAACGCUGCUCUGGUCUCUUUCCGAAGUUGGCGUGACAGCCUUAACUAUGCGAAAGACAUUGCAAGUGUCUUCAACCAUUGGCCGCCAGAUUACUUUGCGGUGUCGGACCCUAUCAUCAGCUGUGCAAUAUGGCAUGCCUAUUGCGGGCUAAUGAUGUUCGGGAUGUCGGGUCAGGGAAAGUCAGGACCAUCUUGCGCCAAUGUUCCCACCGAUGUGCUCGAGAUGUUAAGCGUUUCAUUGAACAGCUUUACUCCCUGGUGGCCAAUUGCUCGCGUUCUGCAAGACUCACUUCAGGAGUUCCAGGCUUGGAGCUGGGCCACAUUGGACGCCGCGAGAUUAGUCGGCUUAAUCUCUCAUAUUCGCAAGGCAUUCAAUCCAUUUACAAGUCAACCGGGGCGAGUGGAUGUCUCUUUACUGUGUGACUCUCUAGUCUAA